UUCUCACUAUUAAUUCCAAAACUUUAAUCACCAUUAUCUCUCUAAAACUCCACUCUCCCUCUCUCCCUCUCUCUCUCUUCAACAAAGACAGCGCAGCGAAAUCAGCUCACCACUCCUCUCAGAUUAAGGUCCAUUUCAUCCAGUCAUGGCAGAGGAGGCGCUUACAAGUCAGGAAAUCCCAGCUGCGAAGUUGGUUGAGGAAGCUCAAAGCAAUGGAGUCCCCAUUAAGAUAAUUGAAGAGAACGCAGAUUGCAAAACAGAGGAAGGGAAAAAAGACGAAGAAGCCGCCAUGGAAGGAGAAUUUGUCAAGGUGGAAAAGGAUUCCGAGACAGAUUCUGUCGCGGAGAAAAAACCGGAAGCAUCUCGUGAGUUGCUUGAAGCUCAAGAGAGAGUCAAAGAGCUCGAAGAUGAGCUGAAGAGAAUCUCCGAUGUGGUUAAAGAAGCCGGAGCUGAAAACAUGUUCCUCAAAGACAAGCUCUCGCAGACAGAAGAGCAGCUUCGAGUAACCAAGGAGAGUCAUAUUGAGAUUGCAGUCAACAACGAGAAACUGGUGGAGGCUGAGGAGAGGCACAAGGAGCAGCUCAAGGCGUUGGAGGAGGAGCUGAAGAGUCGCGAAGACGAGAAGAAGGAGCUGGCUGAUGUGAAGGAGUCGUUUGAUCGUGCCAGCCUUGAGCUCGAGGCCUCUAGCAAGAAGAUCGAAGAGCUUCGGGCGCAGUUGGAGUUAUCGUCCGGAGAAGCUAAGAAGUUUGAGGAGUUGCAUAGUGAGAGUGGUUUGCUUGCUGAGUCGGAGGGGAAGAAGGCGUUGGAGCUCGAGAGGCUGCUUGAGGCAGCGAAAGCUAGUGCGAAAGAGACGGAAGAUGAGCUGAAGAGCUUGUCCGAGAAGGUCGAUGAGGGGAAGAAAGUGGAGGAGGAGCUCAAGAGGUUGAGAGAUGAGCUUGAUGCUGUUCGGGGAGAAUUGGAGGUUUCGAAAUCACAGGUGGAAGAUGUGGAGAAGAGGCUAGCGUCGAAAGAGGCUCUCGUUAGCGAAACGACACAAGAACUCGAGCUUGCAAAGUCUGCCGAAUCUGCAGCCAAGCAACAGAUUGCCUCGCUCGAGACUUUGCAGGCCGAAAGCGUGGAGAAUCUCCAAGUGAAAGCAUCCCAGCUUGAGGCUUCACAGUCGGAAUUGAAGGAGGCUGUUAAUGCGAAGCUCGAGGUUGAAGAGCUGCUGAAAGGCCAGGAGACGAAGACAGUCGCCUUGCAAGAAGAUCUAGAAAAGCUGAGCAAAGAGAAACAAGCACUGGAAGAUGCUGUCUCUGAUCUCACUAGCAAUUCUGUUCAGUUGAAGGAGCUGUGCAACGACCUCGAGGCGAAGCUGCAGCAGUCGGACGAUAAUUUCUGCAAAGCGGACGCUCUUCUAGCAGAAGCAGUGGCGAACAGCAAAGAGCUCGAGGCGAAACUCAAAACCAUCGAAGAGCUUCACACCGAGUCUGGUCAUGCUGUAACAAGUGCUAAACAGAGAAACGUGGAGCUCGAGAGCACGGGGGAGGCCUUGAGGGCGGAAGUUGAGGAAGCGAGAUCGAAGCUCAGUGAAUCCGAGACCAAUCGCAUUGCUGCAGAACAGAGGAAGGUCGAGCUAGAGCAGCUACUAAACUUGGAAGAGUUGAAAAGCCAUGACUAUCAGAGGGAGUUGAGAGAGUUAUCUGAGAAACUAGCUGAACUUGACUCUGAGUUGAAGAAGGAAGCAGGAGAGAAGCAGCAAUUAGGCAUCCAGUUGCAAGAAUUUCAGGCCAAGAUAGCUCAACUGGAGUCUGAAUUGAGCACGUCCACCGCUCGUACGUCUGAGCUCGAGAUAGAAUUGAAGAAUGUCACGGAAAAAUGUGUCGAGCAGGAGGGGCGAGCAAACACAAUUGAUCAGCGCCGCGUUGAACUUGAGAGUUUGAUCCAGGCAUCUGAUUCAAAAGCAGUGGAAGCUGGGAACAAGGUCAGCGAGUUCGAGUUACUUCUCGAAACAGAAAAGUAUAGGAUCAAGGAGCUUGAGGAGCAAAUAGCCUUGCUGGAGAAGAAGUGUGAGGCUGUGGAGGCUGAAUCCUCGAAAGGCAGCCAAAAGGCGUCUGAACUCGAAUCCGAACUUGAGGCAGUCCGGUUGAAAGCAUCAUCCCUAGAGGAAGCACUUCAAGCAUCCACGGAAAAGGAAAAGGAGUUGUGUGAUUCCAUUAACUUAACCACAGAAGAGAACAACAGCUUGAAGGAUUCGUCAAGAGCCUUAAACGAAAAGCUAUCCGAGGUUGAGAAUCUACUCAGCGUGCUGCGGGAAGAACUCAGUACCUCACAACAGAAGCUGGAGAGCGUUGAGAAGGAUCUAAAAGAAACUGAGUCGAGGGAGGCUGAGGCUAUCGAGAAGCUUAAGCUGGCCGAGGAGCAGCUGGAGCAAGCGGCUGCAAGAACCGCAGAACUUGAGUCGUCUCAUGAAACACUAUCGAGGGAUGCAGACCUUAAAAUGCAGGAGGCAGUUGCCAGUUUCUCAACCAGAGAUUCGGAGGCGAAGGCCUUGCAUGAGAAGGUGCAGGAUCUCGAAAAUCAAGUGAAAAGUUAUCAAGUGCAGCUUGCAGAAGCAACGGAGAAAUAUGAAACCGCAAGUGUAGAGCUCGAAGAUAUUUUAUCGAAGUUGGCUUCUUCCGAAGACACCAAUGAAGGGCUGAAAGUGAAGAUCCUUGAGGCGGAAGGGAAAGCUGAGUCGUACGUCUCAGAGAAUGCAGAGUUAUCCGAAAAGAAUGCGCAGCUUAGCGAGAAGGUUCAAGAACUUGAAGAAAAGCUAAAUGUUAGUGUUUCUGAGAGGGAAAUCUCCUCACAGCAGGUUGCUUCUCACUUGAGCAGCAUCACUGAACUGACUGAGCAGCACUCGAGGGUCACCGAGCUUCACUCUGCAGCUCAAGCUCAGUUGGAAGAAGCUCUAAAAAAAUGUAGUCUAAGAGAGUCGGAAGCAAAGGAGCUGCACGAGAAGCUUCAGGCUUACGAAGAACAGGUGAAAACUUACGAAGCACAGGGUCAAGAAGCUUCGGCACUUGUGAAAAGCCGCGAACUAGAGCUGGAAAGUAUCCUUGUGAAGUCCAAGGAUUUGGAUAGUGAACUGGAGAGAAGCUCUAGCCAGUUUAAGAAGGAGAUCGAAGUGCUAACCGAAGCAAACUCAAAACUCACUCAUGAUCUGGCUUCCGUUCGAGCCGAGCUAGAUGAUUUACUUACGAAAUUCUCUGUUGUUUCAUCGGAGAAAGAUGAUGCAGUUAAAGAACUAGAUGCUGCUAGGAAAGAAAUCGAAGAGCUGACUCAACGGCUUGCUUCCGAAGGCCAAAAGCUGCAAUCACAGAUAUCUUCUGUGAUGGAAGAGAACAAUUCGCUUAACGAGAAAUUCCAGAUCUCGAAGAAGGAUCUUCAAGCAAUCAUAGUACAACUCGAAGAGCAACUGAAGGAACAGAAAUCGAACGAGGGUGCAUUGAACGCUAAGGUGGAAGCUCUCAGCUCUGAAGCUCUCCAGAAAGAUGAGCUGCAGAAUCGUCUCAAGGAGAUCGAAGAACAGUUGGCGACUGCAGAGGCGCGGUUAAAGGAAGAGAACAAGAUGGCUUCCGAAAACAACCUGAAACACGAGGCUGCUUUGAAAAGUUCGUGUGACGAACUUGAAGCCAAGAGAAAGGAAGUAGAGCUUCUGGAGAGACAAGUGAAAGAUCUUGAGCAGAAGUCUCAGCUUGCUGAUGCCAAAUCUAAAGAAAAGGAUACCGGAGCAGCCUCGGAACACAAGGACGAGACCAUAAAAUCGCGGGAAAUAGACCUGUCCGCGGCCACUCCUUCGAAGAGAAAGAGCAAGAAAAGGUCGGAGGCGGCGGCCUCAGCUCCAGCAUUGUCCUCAGAUGCACACAGUGAGGCAUCACUUGGAUUGAACUUGAAGUUCGUUUUAGGUGUGGCUCUUGUCUCAAUCAUCUUUGGCAUUAUUCUUGGCAAAAGAUAUUGAAAUGUGGAGUUUGUGGUUUGGUGUGUGGUUUAUGUGUUAAUUUAUAAAUUUUUGGGUUUUUUUUGGCUACAUUCAUUUUAACAUUUGAUUAGUUUGUUAUUUGUAGAGAAGUACUGGUUUUUGCUUUUUUAAUUUUGGUAUUUUCUUGAUCUUGUAGUAAGUCAGGAUUAUUGGUUUUUCUUUAGAAUCCUGACUGUAUUAUGGAAAGGAGAAGAAGUGUGGUCUCUUUAGCUAUUUACAUUUUCUUUUCAA